UCCAACAUGAUGUUGAUCCAGGCCACGGCUUUGCUGCUCGCCUGCUGCCUUUGGCCAGCUGAGGCUCAGAAUGAUAGCAGCAGGAAACAAAGCAUCUGGGAUGAUCCCAUCAAGUUCAACACCAAGGCUAAGGACAAGUGCACCAUGAUAAUUACUGGCCAAGGGGAAAAUACAAGGCUGAGGCUGUCAUGCCAAGGAGGCAAGCGUUCCUACUGGUGCGAAUACGUGGGGAAACCUCACACCUGCAGUGCCUAUAAUAAAAACCCUCGGCACUACUUUGUCCAAAUGAUGUGGACCCUGAGAAAGCUCCACAAUGCCUGCGAGGGCCCAAAACAGCUCAAACCUCAUAUGUGCAAAAAAGCAACUGAUGACUCUCAGAUGAUCUUGUCAUCUGCUUCCGCCUCCCAGUCACAGCCAGAGGCUUCAAGUAGGAAAACGGCAGCAAGACAAGCAAAGCAGCUUGGUGGACCUCAAACUCGACCUGCACCUGCAAGGCCUGAUUCAGCAAGGCAAGCUGCUAUGAAAGGCUUUCGAAUUAAGACCACACAGAUAACAACUCCACAACCAACGACACCUCCAGCUGAAAGAUAUGCCAAGAAGGUGGCUCGACAGUAUUGCUGGAGAUCACUGCAAGGCAUCUGCUCCUUUGCCAUUGGUUUGUUUCGAAAUUAACUAAUGAGAUUAUACAUAAUUUCUGCUUAAAGAAGCCACCGGUGGGGAAACUCCAGACCAGGAAUUUGUGGGGAAAAGAACACUAGUGCCCUCAUCAGGGGAUGCAGCGGUACUGCAGUGAUUUUAUUAAGAAAACACUUUUCUCACAGAACUUUAUAUGCAUAUUCUUCCACUGAAAACAUUCCUGUAAGAACUUUACUACCUUCAUUUAUGUUUUUGCAUGAAAUAUCUGUGACAACACAAGUAUUUGCAUUUGUGUAUCAUUACCUUGAAUAUUGCAUUUUUAAGAGUGAAAAAAGUGCUGUCAAUAUAUAUAUAAAAUUAUAUUAAAUGUGAAAAUAUUA